GCAUUCUCAGUGAGGCCAGUUUGAGAGAAGAGAACAUGCUGUGGCUGGGUUGCAGUUUACUGCUGGCGGCUCUUGCAGGUACAACCCCCCCCCCCCAAAUCUGGACAGUUUAUCUGCCCAAGAAUAGUCAUGAAAUGUUGGGUGAGGAUGAACAAAACUGCAGUACAGAAGCUGGAAUGCAAAUCCACGGCCAUCAAUCCAGAAGAGGGCUAAGAUUUCAGUGUGCAAGUAGAGGUGUCCUGGCAACAGAGGAGGGGAAGGAGAACCAGGCAGUUAAGCCAGGAAACAGAAAUGCAGACGGGCUAUCACCAUUGUCAGUCAUACUCAGAUUUAACCCACUGAUAUUAAUGGGCAUGCCUACCUUAAGUCCACUGAUUUCAGUGGGACUACUCUGAGUAUUACUUAGUUGGAUACAACCCAAAAACCCACUCUCUACACUGACCAUUCAGACUAUUCACCCAGUCCCACUUUAUUAAAAAAUCUCAGUGGUGUUAGACUUACCAUAGCAGCAUUUGGUCAGUCUGUGCUGUCCAUCACUGAAUUUGUUCUGUAACGGUGUGUGAAACUGACAUAUCCCUGCAGAUGAAGGUGAUGGACUAUAUGGAAUUGGCAGAAAUGACUGGCAGAAUCCGAGACCAGGGGGAAGAGUCGGUGGAAGAAGAUUGGAAGCAAUUUAAAGACUAUUUACAGAAAUAUUGUAAAAUUAAUGAAUGAUAGAAUGAUGUUGGAUAGUAAUUAAGCGGUUUCUAGCUGUAAUGCUUUAAGAGAAUAUGAAAAAAGGGUUAUAAAUGGGUUAAAAUCUAAUGGUAAGGAUUUGCUGAACCAAUAAAUUGAAGUGGAAUACAAAAAAGGGAGGUACGAGGAGGUCCGGGAAACAAGCUAAAGGAAAAUAAGUAACUGAAAAUAUGUGUCUUUUUAACUGUUUUUAUUUUGUAUUUUUCUCUUUUCUUUUUCAUUUUUACUGUAAUAUAUCAAAAAACCUUAAUAAAUAUCUUAUAUAUAUAAAAAAGAAACUGACAUAUCCCUAAGCAACUUGGUCCCAAAGUGCCAUGAGACCCCAAAGUACUUACUUUCCAACUUGACCACCAAGAUCUGUUGAUGGGGCACUUCUGUUGGUCUCCCCACCCCAAUGAACCCUGAGGUUUAGCUGGACGUCAUUAGGGAUUGAGCCUUUGGUGUGGCAGCCACUGCCCUGUGGAACUCUCUGCCACCAAGAGCCAUCCCUCCCUUCAGACAUCUUUUGAAAACUUUAAUGUUUAGAGAAGCCUUUGUAACAUGAAUCUUCUUUCAUAGUAUUGUAGAGUUGGAAGGGACCCCUAGGGUCAUCUAGUUCAAUCCCCUGCCAUGCAGGAAUCUCAACUCUGUUAACUAAUUAGUAUUUAUUGGCAUUUUAAUGAUGUUUUCAUGCUGAUUUUAUUCUCAUAUAUAAUAAUAGACAUAUACAGUACGUAUACCGUAUUUUUCGCUCUAUAAGACGCACCAGACCACAAGACGCACCUAGUUUUUGGAGGAGGAAAACAAGAAAAAAAUUAUUCUGCAUCUCAGAAGCCAGAACAGCAAGAGGGAUCGCUGCCCUCUUGCUGUUCUGGCUUCUGGGAUAGCUGAGCAGCCUGCAUUCGCUCUAUAAGACGCACACACAUUUCCCCUUACUUUUUAGGAGGGAAAAAGUGAGUCUUAUAGAGCAAAAAAUACGGUAUAUGGUUGUAAGAAAAUUAAUUAACAGCUCAUAUCAGAAUAAUCAAAAGCAGUCAAUUAUUUGGGCUGAUUGUACAAAGAGGAAAUGUCACUAUUACAUGGGGCAAACCAGCAGUGUACUAUAUAGUUACUUGUUAUAGUUACUGUUUUGGAAUAGUCUACAAUAAUACAUUAUGAUCUUUCCUGUGGUUUAAAACUGUGGCUUUUAUUUUAGCAGUAUGAGUGAUGGUAUGUAGAACUCUGGCAGAAAUUAAUCAGGAACAGUUGCCAGCCACACUUGCAAUAUGAGACCAAUAAUUCAAAGGAUUCCUAUGCAGGGAGAUGGAGGUGGAAAGCAGGAUAUGGUGGCAAAAAGUUGAGCCUUUGUUUACUAGCAGGAAGAGAUUGCAUGCAGCGCCCUCAUCUAGCUACCGUAGUCUGGCUGACAGAUGUCAUGGGAUAGGCUGGAUACCAUUUCCUGAGUUCAUGAGGCCACAUUGCAUUUUAGCAUGUUCCUAACCAUUGAAGAAGUCUUGAUUUUUUCCUCUACCAAUUAUAUUGGUAGCUGUUGCAGCUGCUGAGAAGUUGGUUGGGAGUGCCAAGUGCCAACAAGAUUCUGUGCCAUGGGAAGUCUCCCUCCAGUCAGUGCACCAUGUCUGCAGUGGGGCCCUCAUCAGCCAAGAAUGGGUGUUGUCCUCAGCUCAGUGCAGUAGGAGGUGGGUAUAAGCCUGCUUCACACCCUUUGCACACAACCUGUCUCCCACAGGGAAUAAAGUCCAUUCUCUGCUGUUGGCUGCUCUGUUCUCAUUUGAAAUAGGAGGGCAACUUGUGCAUUUGCCUGCCUGCCUACAAGAAUCCUUGAGGGUGAGCAAGGAAUCUUUCAACCCAGGCUGAGGCAGAAAAACUCUAGGGAGAACACUAUUGACCCACCUGCUCUUCUUCCAGCAGCCCAGACCACAUGGAGGUCUGGCUUGGCCUACAAGUCCCUGAGACUCUUCCUAAGGAGAAGCAGCAGGUCAUUGCUGCUGCCAAGCUGGUCCCUCAUAAGCAGUUCAACAACUACACACUGGACUAUGACAUCAUGCUCAUCAAGCUUGCACAACCAGCUGUCCUGGGUGAGCUAGUGCAGCCCAUCAGUUUGCCCAGCCAAUGUGCCAUAGCUGGGACCCAGUGCCUGGCUUCAGAAUGGAUCAGCAGCAACUGUGAGUACAGAGAGGGUGGUGCUGAGAGACUAACCAGGACCAGCAACAACUGUGACAGACUGGAGCAGGGGGCUGCUGGAAGAUGCCCCUCUUCGUGGCCGUGGGGGAUUAUGGUGGGGACAUGCAAGGGGGCACUGAAGUUCCUUAGUGAUGCAUGGGAUAAAUGACACCAUGCAAAAAAGGGAAGGGUAGAUGAACGGCAAAUGGUGGGAGGGAGGCACCAACAAUUCAUUGUACUAUGAUAGAUUCAUGGCACGUGGCAGUGCCCCCUUGAAGCAGAAAGAGCUCAAGGAGAGAGGGGUGAGGCCUGAGCAUAAGAGUCUCCCUCCUGCCUUGCCCCAGGCAGCUGCUCAGGAUCAACAUAUUUUCGGCUUACAGCUGAUGGAACAGACAACCUUCUGCAGUGCUCCUACCUUCCAGUCACAUCUGAUGCCACUUGCAACAAUGUCUACCCAGGACGAUUCACUGACAGGAUGCUUUGUGCUGGACAGCUGGACAGCAGCCAAGAUGUCUGCAAGGUGAGGCUCUUCUCUUUUUACUGGCAAGUCCAGUGAUUGGGGUGGGGGGGUGGGGAGCAAACAAACAAACAGAGGCAUACCUUGACUCCCUUGUGAUCUUGGCCAGUACAUCUGAAGCUGGGAGAGACCAUGGACCAGAAACUCCAAAAGUUUGCUUUUUGUCACCUUUCAUGCUCUGCCUGUGAUUUUCUCCAUGACCAUCAGGACUGCUCUUCUUCCUCUCUCCCUCCCUCUCUUCCCGCAACUCUCACCUGCUGUCUCUAUCUUUCUUCUAUCCAAGCGCCACUUGGUGCUCCACUCACAGUUCCAAUAGCACCACUGGCCAACCUGGGAGAUGGUCCUGCAGGGCUGAUGAGAUGGGUGCCUAGAGGAGCCUACAUGCCUUGCCUGGCCUCCCAGAUGGGCAUGUGUGCUCCUAGCCACUCCAAGCCAUGGGUGAGAGGUGUGGUUUUGGUGGCCCCCGGAGCCUGCACUUUUUGGUGGGAGGUAAGGUUGUAUAGGUGUCCCUGACUUUGAGUUCGGUAACAUGGUCUAAUUAUGUGCAUCCACACACACCAUAUAGAUGAAUGCUUCCCUUCAGACUAGAGCUGUCUCCAACCAAAUCACUCACAAGCACAAGCACGCUCCAUAGGCAGGCUAGUAGCUACUGGCCGAACAUUAACCAGAACUAAACAACAAAGCAUAAUAUAUUUGAAAAGUACAAUAAAAAGCCAUGUGCCAAAUCCUCCCCAUAUCAAAGUUAAAUAGCAUUUAUGUCAUUCCCACAUUCUUGAGAGGGCCAGAGGGGCUGUAAGCGCAAGCACACACCCACCCCAACAGGAAGGGAAAUUCUCCAGCUGCAAGAGCCAACCUCUUGGGACCACUCAGGAGGAACUUGUGGCUGGGGAAAGCCUCACACAGCUCCCUCUCUCCUGCUGCAGGCAGUGCUCCAGGGCCUGAGAGUUCAAAUAACGACAGUGAGAAAUUGCCAUGAUUUGAUCCUGUCCCCUGGAGAGUCCCAAAGCUGUUGUCUAUGUCUUAGGGAGAUGUGGGCAGCCCCCUGGUGUGCGAAGAAGCCCUUCAAGGACUGCUGUCCUGGAAGAAAAGCUGCAGUGAAGAGAACCGGCUGGGGCUCUACACCAAGGUCUGCAUCUUUGAAGACUGGAUCCACUACACAAUUGCCAACAACUGAAGAGCAAUAAAGCCAGAUUGAGCUCUGACCUGGU